AUGCUGGGUGACUGCCCGAAGCCCUGCAAGGGGAGAUGGCCAACGCCGCCCUUCGACCCACGCUUCCCCAACCAGAACCAGACCCGUAACUGCUACCAGAACUUUCUGGACUACCACCGCUGUGUCAAGAAUAUGAACCGCCGCGGGAAAAGCACACAGCCCUGCGAAUAUUACUUCCGCGUGUUCCACUCGCUGUGCCCCAUCAGCUGGGUGCAGCGCUGGACCCAGCAGAUCAAGGACGGGACUUUCGCUGGCAAAAUCUAACAGCCUGAGAGCGGCUCCUCCGAGGGAUCAGUCCCAGCGUCAUCCCCCUCCCCAUCCUCUCGUCUCCCGGAGAAUGGGCGCCAUCAUCCCAAACCCCACCCCACCCCCGCCCCAUCUUUAAGCCGCAAAUAAAGCUACGU